UCCACUCUCUGUUUCCGGUGUUUUCUAUCCCGCCGCCGCCCCGCCGCCUCCUCCUUCCUCGUCCACGCGCCGGCGGGCGUCUCCACCCGACGCCGCUUCUCUUUCUCUUUCUCCCUUCUCCUUUUCUUCCUCUCUCUCUUCCUCUCUUCCAGCAUUAGAUCUCUUCUGCAGCCCUAACUCCCAUUCUUCUUCUCUUCUCAGCAGCAAGCAGCUUUCUUACCCCUUCCCCUUCUUCUUCCAGCUGCAAGAAUCCCUUCUCCAUCUUCCUCCUUCCUGUUUUCCAGAAACGGGGCCAGCAUCAGAUCAUCUCCUUCACGGGUGCUGAUUUCUUACCAACAACCAUAGCAGCUUCCUCUUCUUCCGGCCAAUAGCAACAGUUCUUGUUUUUAUUUUACUCCAGCAACAGGUCAUCAACAGGCGUGAGGAAAGUAUCAUUGGGUGCAUCAACCCUCAGGGCUUUGAGAACCUUUCUUCUUCCUUUGUCUACUAACAUGAAGCUGACAUGUUUAAGCAAAGGCAGUGGCUUCUACUAUCCCCCCAUGCACAUCCUUCAGCUUGCCGGCUUUCGCUUCCUCCUCGAGUGCCCCAUCGACCUUUCCGCCCUCAUCGUAUUUUCCCCGAUCGCCGCCUCUGACUCCUCCCCUGCUUUUGGUCUUUUGCAAGGCCUCCCAUGGUAUAAAACCGUGCCUAGCCUCCACCUUUGGGAUCCAUCUCUGAUUGAUGUUGUCUUAAUCUCUUCGCCCUUUGGCAUGCUCGGUCUGCCCUUCCUCACCUGCAAUGCCAAAUUCAAUGCUAAGAUUUUUGUGACUGAGGUGGCUGCAAGGAUUGGGCAGCUUCUGAUGGAAGAUCUUGUUUCAAUGCACGCUGAAUUCGUGCAAUGUUAUGGUGCAGACGUUAGGCCCCAUUUUCCAGAAUGGAUGAAAUGGGAGGAGCUCGGAAAGCUUUCACCAUUGCUGAAACAAGUCAUUCUAGGUGAAGGAGGAGAGGAACUAGGAGGUUGGAUGCCCUUGUACAGUGCAGCAGAUAUCAAGGAAUGCAUGCAGAAAAUUCAACCUCUCAAGUAUGGUGAAGAAACUUUCUUCAAUGGAUCCAUAAUGUUGAAAGCAUACAGCUCAGGUUUAGACAUUGGAAGCUGCAAUUGGACAAUACAUGAUCCAAGAUGGAGUAUUUCUUAUCUAUCAAGCUCCUUAUUCAUGUCAGCCUGUUGGAAGGGUUUUGAUUACAUGUCUCUGCUUGGGAAUGAUUUAGUGCUGUUCUCAGAUCUUUCAUUGCUAAGUAGCAUUGACAUUACUAGUACUGAAUCACAAGGAAUUAGAGACAUAAACAUGACAGGAGAUAGUGAUUUUUCUCCCUUUAAUGCUUCAACUUGCAGUGCUGAUACCAAGGAUAAAGGACACCGCCUUUUACUUGAAACUGAUGAGAGCUCUGAUGAAACUGAGAAGACCAAGUUUAUAUGCUCUUGCAUCAUAGAUUCUCUGCAAGGAGGAGGUUCAGUUUUGAUACCGAUGGGGCGUAUUGAGACAGUAGUCUUACUCCUGGAGCAGAUAUAUGAGUCUCUAGAGUCCUUCAAUAUAAAGGUUCCAAUUUUCAUGAUUUCUUCUACAGCGGAAGAAAUGUUGGCAUAUCUGAAUAUAGUGCCAGAAUGCCUUUCUGAGCAUCGCCAACAGAAGUUAUUCUCAGGGGAGGCAUUGUUUCACCACAUCGAAUUUAAGAAAGCUAAGAGGCUGCUUGUUUUCCCCUCGCUUUACACUUCUGACUUCCUGAGCCCUGUGUAGUCUUUGCUUCUCAUUGGAAUCUUCGGCUCGGUCCAGUUGUCACCCUGCUUCGACGUUGGCAUGCUGACGCAAAUUCUUUACUCAUUUUAGAGCGAGGAAUUGAUAUCGAACUGGCCCUCUUGCCUUAUACACCACUGGCAAUGAAAGUUCUCCAAUGUUCCAUCCUUUCUGGGAUCAU